CCGUCUGCAAUCUAGACCACUUUAGCUUGUAAAUAAUUAUUAUUAAACUAGGGCUCUAUAUAUAGAGAGAGAGAGCCUUAAUUAAACUAUAAUUAAUAAGUUCUGCUUUAGUAAUCUAGAGGUCUACAUCAUAGAUUAAAGAUUAAACUACGCUCUAGUGCUCACUGUUCACUGCAGUUAACUCCCAACAAGCAACAAUUCGCUAAUUGUCUGUUAAUUAUUUUUUUCGUUCUUCUUUUUUCCAAUUAAUAAUAAACUCGUAAGUCGUAACCUAAAAGGUUUAGUUUAAAAUUUGUGUUACCCAAGCUAUGUGAUUGCUACAAUGGGCUGUGUUUACAGCAGCAGAAAAACUUUACCACCUUUUUUCUUCAAAGUUAUAAAUAUAGAUGACAAUGGUAAAGAGAAAUACCAUGGACAAAUGGAAGUUGCCACUUGCAAUCUGAUAUUGCAUAAAAGUGGUGAACCGCCUAUUAUUUGGCCUUUAAGCACAAUUAGACGCUAUGGUUAUGAAGAUUUCAUGUUUUGCUUUGAAGCUGGUCGCUCAUCUCCUUUUGGCCAAGGCAUAUUUGCAUUCAGAAGUAAAGACGCAAAAAAUAUUUUUAAUGCUGUCAAAGAAAAAUUACAGAUUGACAGUGGAGCAGAUAUAGUUAAAGAUAUUGCUUCUGAAGUACGUAAUUAUUCCGGUCAAUCAUGUACAAGUACACAUACUAUUGAAAAAGUUUAUGAUGAAUUUAGUUUCAAUGGGCUUAGAUUUAAUAGUGAGUCAAACAACAUCAUCCAACCUCCAGAUCUCAUGCUGGACCCGGACACUGCAUUUUUACCAAGAAGUUCUUACAUGAACAUGCUGAAUGACAAUGAAGAAGAUGACAAUGAUUUAUUUAAUGAUCCUUUUGAGUUACCUAAAGAUACUCCCACUUAUACUGAAGUUGAAAUAGCUGUUUGCACACCCAAACGGAAGAGUGAAUCAUUGCCUACUUCCCCUACAGAUAUACCGAGUUAUACAGCAAUAGAUUUCAAUCAAACAAUGCAUUUAAGUCAGAAAAUGCUUAGGGGUAAUGAUGAUGCUGGAAUUAGGAAAACUAGACAUGAUUCUACAAUGAGCAAUCCUUAAUAUUAUUAGAAUCAACACAAUUUGGAGACCAAUUAUAAAUAUAUCCAACCAGAUUUGUGACACCAGAAUAUUUAUGAUAAUCUUUAAUUUUUGUUGUUUGUUUAAGUAUAGUUCUUGAUUCGUGUUAAAUUAUUUUUCUUCCUGCUUAUUUUGGAGAGAUAUAUCUAGAACAAAAUUAGUAUUUAGUUUUGUUAAGAUAAAUAAAGAUUAGAUAUAUUUAAAGGUUAUUUUAAAACCAUAAGGAAUACAAUAAUUCCUAACAACAUUAUCAGUUGUUAAUAUUUACAAAUAUAUUUAUUUAAUAAUCAUGCCAAAGCUAAUGUGAUGUGUUUUCAACACAGAUCUUUUUUUAGGUUACUCAUAUUUAUAUAUAUAUUGUUAAACACUCAGAAUAAUUACUGUUAUGUUAUUAUAGUAGUCUAAGAUCUGUUCAUUGUAACCUGAUUUGCCAAAUAAUUUGUACAAAUUUUAACAUUAUGUCUUAUACAAUUAUUUUGUGCCAUACGCAUUCCUUAAGGUUGUUCAGACUGAAUAAUUUUCUUUGUUAAAACAUUGUUUAUUAUUAGUAUUUUUACCAAUACAAUAUAUAUU